AUGCUUGUGAUUAGUCUUGCUGCUACAAAUUCAGGGUAUGAUGGUUCUUUGCUUAAUGCUUUCCAAGCCAUGCCUGCAUGGAUGAGUGCAAUGAGCAACCCUUCUGGACCCGUUUUAGGGGCCAUGAGUAAUGGAACUACCCUUGGAUCGUUGUUGUGUGUUCCCAUUGCUUCUACUGUUGGUGAUCAAUUAGGUAGAAGACACUCGAUAACACUUGGAAAUAUCAUCAUGUUGAUGGGUGUUAUUGUGCAGUCUUGCUCGGGUACCUGGCUUCAUAUCGAUACCCAAGACAUGAACACUGACAAGCGCACUUACGCUAUGACUUUAGUUGGAAGAUUGAUUAUUGGCUUUGGAAGUAGUUUGGUUGGGGUUUCUGCUCCUCCUUUGGUUGCUGAGCUCUCAUAUCCUUCACAUAGACAGGCUGUCACUGCUUUCUACAACUCGAACUGGUAUUUAGGAGCAAUUAUUUCAGGAUGGGUCUCCUUUGGUACUCGUAACAUUAAGUCAAAUUGGUCAUGGAGAAUUCCUACAAUUAUACAAGGGUUAUUUCCUUUACUUCAAAUUUUUCUCAUCUACUUUGUUCCAGACUCACCAAGAUUUCUUGUUAAUAAAGGUAAAAUUGAAGAAGCUAGAAGAAUCUUGCUCAAGUACCAUGCUAAUAAUGAUGAGAAAAUUGGUGGGCCUCUCGUUGAUUUUGAAAUGUCUGAAAUUCAAUCUGCUAUUGAACAAGAGAAAAUUGCAAACAAAACUUCAUAUUUAGACUUUCUAAGGACCCCUGGCAACAGAAAGCGUCUAUUUUUAUCUUGUUAUAUUGGUAUAAUUGCGCAGUUAUCAGGUAAUGGUUUGGUUUCAUAUUAUAUGAACAAGGUACUGAACUCAAUUGGAAUCACAUCAACUAGUCAACAAUUAGUGUUCAAUGGUGGUUUGAUGAUUUAUAACUAUGGGAUCUCAAUCAUUAUCAAUUUAUCAAUGUUCCAAAAAGGUAAGCGGAGAAUGGUGUUUUUAACGUCACUUUCGUUAAUGUUAAUAUUCUAUAUCAUAUGGACUAUCUUGUCAGCUAUCAAUCAAAAGAGGAAUUUUGAAGAUAAAUCUUUGGGGAAAGGUGUUAUGGCUAUGAUAUUUAUGUACUAUCUUGCCUAUAACCUCGGGCUGAAUGGUCUCCCAAUACUAUAUUUAACUGAAUAUGCUCCUUUCACACUGAGAACCAAAGCAAUGAAUAUCUGCCAGUUUUGUCAGAUGGUUGUUUUGAUUUAUAAUGGGUUUGUCAAUCCAAUUGCAAUGGAUGCUAUCGAGUGGAAAUAUUAUAUCGUAUUUUGUUGUAUUAUAGCUGUUGAACUUGUUGUGGGAUAUUUAACCCUAGUGGAAACUGCUGGCAGAAGUUUGGAAGAAGUCGCUGAGGUAUUUGGAGAAAGUAUUGGUGAUAUUGAUUAUGGUCUCCUUAGACACACAACGAAAGAUCAGAAACCUGGAAUCUCACAUAUUGAAGAUGCGGAUCAAAAUGAAGCAGCAAGUAAUACUUCUUCAGCCGAUAAAAGCGUCAAUGUGACACCUUGA